CUUUUCUACUAUUCCUGUUUUUCUUUUGAAUUUGAAGAUUGCCUUUUCCUUCGUAUUAUAGAUGGCGCGCCAUGCGCUACAGAUUUUAAGCACAUUAUGCGUUCCUAACCACAAUUCUUCUAAAAAGACCCAUUAAAGAUAGUUGACAUGUUAAUGUAAUAAUGAAAAUGUAUUAAUGAUGACCGGACAUAUCGAGUCAGAAAAAAAGCGUUUGCUAUCAUUAAAAAGAAAAAAGGAAGCGUUUAAAGUUAAAGAACAGCUUAUUCAUGACGCAUUAAAAAAUUUGGAUAAAAGAAAAGCAGAUAAUAAGAUCGUGUUCGAUGAUGGGAUUGUCAGUGAAAAAGAGAAGGGAAAACGUAAGAUCUUGUUUGAUAAUGAAGAUGACGACGAUGAAGAGGUUACUUGGAACGAUGAUAAAUUCGAAACGAAGAAAAAUGUAGACGAGAAGUAUAUUAAAUUACAAGGAAGUAUUGGUAAUGACUCUCGGUUUACCUUGGACAAUCGUUUUAUCGAAGAAGAUGUAAGGGAUAAAGGGGAUAUAGAAGAAAUCGGCAAAUGUGAUUCACAAAAUGAAAGAGAAUGGCAAUUUAAUAUACUAGAAGACGUUUUGGGUGGGCCAAUUGCGACAAAGCUUAAAAAUGAAGAAACAGUCAAAAAAUUUGCAAUGAUACGAUAUGACCCAACGGAGGAGAAACACAAACAAUACGAACUUCCAACGGAAGAAAUUAAGUCUAAUGCAAAGAUUAAAAAGAAAAAGAAAAAACUAGAAAUUGAAGUAGAAACUGAGAAAGAUGAAAUGGUUGUAGUAUCAAAGGAUAUAUAUUAUUCGGUGUCGGAUUCAUUGACCAAGAGUUUACAAGAUCGUCAACAAGGAGAAUUUAGUUUAUUGAAGGCAUAUGGAAAGGACGUGAACGAGACUGAUAAAAGAGGCGUAGGAAAAAUGAAGGAAGAAAUGGUCGAAAAGCGAAAAUCGUUUCUGAAUUUCGACUUGGCAAAUCCGUUUAAAUACGAUUCCUCGGAUGACGAAAAUGGUAUUAAUUUAGAUGUUCAACGUUUAACAGAUCAGAAAGAAGAGAAAGAAUCAAAUCGUUUAUUUGUAAAAGAUAACGAUAAUUUGUUCUUUUCAACGAACGAUAGGCGCUUCGAAGAUGGUUUAAAUUUCUUUAAAAAGGAAUUGGUGGCAAAUAACGAAUUUACAAAUUUGAGACGUGAAUUAAAACAAAUCGUACGUGCAAAAGUUCGUAAGAAUGUUAGAAAGACGGAAAAAUGGGGAAGUAGAAAAAAAAUAAGAAAACCGUCGUAAAAGGGAGGAGCUGUAUAAUUAUUUACCGGUAAUAUUUACCUGAUAAAGGCAAGUUAUUUAAAGUAAGAUAGCAUAUAAUUAUAAAGCUGCAAACACCUUUUACAUUUACUUUGUGUUACCUUAUUAUCAUUCAUUUUUUAUUAAACCAGAUUUAUUAUAAAAAA